AUGGACUUCUUAGGUGUACCUCGUGGUGCAAUCCGCGCCAAAGCGUACCAGAAGUUGGCGAAGCUCUCUGUUGAAAAUACGUCAAAAACUACUAAGGAAAACUUCAAUGCCUUAUUCACUUCCACUUCGCAGCCUACAGAGUUGUCCCUGGUGGCCAUGUCUUUGAAGGAAUUCGAGAUCUUGUCGGCACUAUGCGACGCUGUAAAUGGAGACAUGGUCAAUAAGGACCAGGUCCAUGUAUUGGAGGGUAAAUUUCACUUGUACUUGCUUGAGUUACCUCGCCAGAAGUUCUCGAGUGCAGUGUUUGAAGCUACUGGGCUGAUGGCUCCAUGGCACAUUUUGGGUGAGAAGCUUGCUACAGCCUUGCUGCAACUAGCAACGAAGUUUGACGGUGUCUUGCUUGAUAAGGUUUCGGAAACUUUCACAAUGUUUGUGAAGAAGUUUUUUGCAAACAAUGAUCUCGAUUGUCUGGACUACUUAACCUUGUUGGGUGUUAUUAGUGGAUUGGUGCAAAGUGCUCAGUUCUUCGUAUCUUCUCCACGAGCAUUCAAGGUCUUUACCCAAUUGGACGUGUGCAUUGAUAACAUCGACUUCUUGAAUGAUGUAGAGUCGUACAUCACUACGGCCUACUCAUACGGGGACCUUCGCAAGUUCCUUGACCACCACGGUGUCGGCGAGUUUUCGCCAAUCUUGUUCGUGGAAAGAUUGAGUGUUUUAAUGAGCGCAAUUGCAAACUCCAUUGUGCGUGUUGGUGAAGCCACCAAUUUAUUGGAUUCCUUGUUGGCCAAGGCUGCUGCUGACCAGGAUGAAGAAUUUGAUCCUUUGUCUGAAAACUUACCUAAUGCUACGCUGGCUACGGAUGCGCCUAAUGGAACCAUUCGCUCCAUUACGAGCAAUUCAGACAUUUACUCCAUGACUGAGGAUGCUCCUUUGGGUCCAUUGAAUGCUUCUCAAAUGGACUUCCUCUCUCAACUCGCUGAUCUUGCUCUUGCUAAGAUCCAGUUUUUGGACCGUGGUGAAUCGUACAUCGUAUACUCCACCUAUGCUCGUUUGGAGCUCGGCUACCAAGCAAAAAGUCACUUUUUGCUGGUCAUCGGUUGUGGCGCUUACAACAAAUUAGUCAGUGUCGACACUGCUGUUAAGAUCUUUCAUAAUUCGGUGAGCAUCUACGAUGUGAUGUUGGACCGUAAUCUUGGCUCUGCAGUGAUUCAAUUGGGUUCCUUGCUCACUUUCAUAGAUUCUUCUGUCGGAUCUUCCUUGACGAGGUCUUUUACUUCAUUGGUUGCAAACCCAAAUUUCGACUCGCACAGCUGUCAGGUGGCUUCCAAGAGCGUUGGUCUUGCUAGCAAAGUGCUCUCGCAAGAUGCUGUGGUCACAACGAUUUAUGCCUUGACAAACUUGUUGUUUGUUGGUAAUGACGGCUUGCAGUUGAAUUACCGUGCCAGAAGAAACACUGGUCUUAGAGGUGCCUCCACUGGUGAUUCGUCUGGGAUUUCACCUCAAAUCGAGAACGGUGGUACAGGUGGCCGUCUUAUUUCAAGCAACAGUAUCCUGAGAAGAGGUGUCUCAACCGGUACCAAGGACUCCUUCAACUUCACUGAAAGCGAAUACAAAAAGGUAUGCGAGCAUGCUGUUAUCGCUAUUGGUGAGGUUGUAGCCGCUUGUGGUGAUGAGAGCGUCAGCACUUUGGCAACUACAAUCUUAUCGCAGAAGGCUUUGAAGUUGAACAAGGUGGUUGCACCCUUGUUACUUAAGGGUUUGGUAUCUACAGCACCAUACUUGCCCGAAAAGGAGUUUGUCAUCUUGGUCAAGUUGAUUCACAAGUUGACGUUUGAUGCCUAUGACAGCAAGAAACAAGAACUUUUGGACAUUUUGCAGGAGAAGGCUUGUGACUUGUCGAGAUCACUCACCCAGGAGAACCCGUUGUACAUGGUAUAUUUGUCUGAGCUUUUGAGUGCUAUUGUUAGUAAAGGUGACGUCCAAGUUUUGGAUCAUCACCGUUCUCAUGGCGAAAUCAGUGCGAUUGGUGAUCAGAUAUCUCUCUAUUUGAAGCCAUUGGCAGCACUCUUGCCUGAUGUACACAAGGGUGAAAAGCCAGUCAAUAUCUCUGACAACAAAAUCGUUGAGUUGUUUAGGAACAUUUGGUUCAACAUGGUAGUCCACGGAUACUCCAUCAACUCUACUCACGGUAAGACUUUUAGCGCUGAGUUGGAAAAAAUCGCCUACAACACGCCACCAUUGGCUUCUGUCGUAUCUUGGAAUAGAACUGAGACAUCCUUGGAAUUGAACACGGUAUUGAAGCGUGGCUCUUCAAACCACAACGUCAAGGACCACAGGCACAUUGUCGGUGAUGUGUUUGAGAUUUCGAGAACAACUUCGCAUUCGAAGUUGAUGUUUUUGGCUGCUGCCUUGUUCGUGGAGUCACUCAGAGUCAAGACUGGUGACUGUCACACUAUCUUGAAAUAUUAUUCUGAUCCAUCAAUGAGAACUAGUGGCAUUGACAAGUACAUCGGAUCCAUUGCUUUCCAGAUUAACAAGGACUUCAUCGAGUUGGUUCAUUGCGGAGCUGAUAAGCAGUUUUCCGCUGAUAACAUUGCUGAACAACUCACUCACAUGUUAACUUUGUGUUGUUACGGCCAAGAAGAUUUGCAGGAUGCUGCUAUUAAGUGCUGCGACUUGCUUAUCAACAAGGUGCCCUCUUCCUUGUGCCACCACAGAAGUUUGUUCGCUUUGUUUGAUUUGUUGACGCUUUUGUACGACAGUGUCAUGGAUGCUGAAGUUAGUCAGUACGAGCCAACUUUUGCUUACACAGCGAAGAAGACUGGAAUACAAUUGAACUUACCGGAUUCAUAUGUUUGGAGGGAGACCACAUUCAAGAGGUUUCAUGAGAAGGCGAAGCAUUGGACCACUUUGCUUUUGGCCAAGUGCAACUUUGACACCAAGAGUUUGAUUCAGGCUUACGUCUCUGAUCCAGAGGGACUGUUUAGUAAACUGGGUGUUCAGUUCGGCGUCUCCUUUGCGUUAGAAGCGGCUGGUAGUAUCGGGCCAGCUGAUCGUGAAUUGGUGAAUUUCAAUCAAAAUAGUCUGAAUUUGCUUCCAGGUCUUGUAUCCCAGUUGACUUGGAGGUCAAACUUUGUAUCAGACUUGAUGAACAGAGUCCCUUUGCACACCCCUGCUGCUGCUGAAGAGGCAAUACGUGAAUUAAGGGUCCAAGUUAAAUCCUUGAAGCACUUGAUUGCCGACGAGGGCCAACACGUUCCAAAUCGUGAUGUUCUUGAUCUCAUGAGUGAACUUGCUGGGUUUUCUCUUAUUCAAGAUAACAACUUAGCAGAAGCUGUCCGCUACUUGGUUGAAAUCCCAUUUGUGAUUUUUGAGUCUAGUAUUAUGAAGGGCGCCUUAGGUAUUUGGGGAGCUGUCAUGAAGGAAAAGCCAAAUCUUUCGAUUCUUGUUUUGUCAGAAAUUACGAAGAGAUGGGAGAUGUCCAUCAACAUGAAGCAAGGUGUUUACUCCACAGAACACGAUCUUCAGGACCCUGAGUUUGCCAAGAUGGAAUACGCACCAAGUAAUUACCAGUACGCUUCUAAGCGAGCGACCGCUGUUAGUAAGUCUUUCCAGCCGCAUUCCGAAAUUAUUAAAUUGCUUUCUUCCAACUUUGAAGCUACUUUGAACCAAAGUGACCACUUGUUAAAAAUAUUUACGAGAUUCGUGAAAGCAGGUUUGCAAAACUUGACUUCGGCAAGUUUACAUCCAUUUGCAAGAUACACUAGAUUUGAGUUGAUAAGGUUUGCUUUUGAUGUAUUGAACUAUCACAUCAAGUUGAGAUCUAGAUCGAGCCAACGUCUCACUGAAUUGAUCAUUGAUGGCUCUUUGUCCUGGUUCAAGGGCAGAGCUAGCUUUCCAUUUGGCUCAAAUGUUUUGAAGGUCAAGGCAGACUUCACGUUGUUGAAGGAGGUCACCAAAAUGUUGAGCAAUCUCAACACUUUCAACAACAGCACAUUGGAACUGAAAAAGACUUUAUUGAUGUUCUUCUUGGAUGACGAGAUUUCAAAGAUUUCUGUGUGGUUGAACCCAACACUGCCAAAUGACACAAGGGGCUCCUUUGCCUCAUCUCACUUGAGUGGCGAUCAUAUCACCAGAGCAUACGAUAUCAGCCCUAGAUUAGCUGUGAACUUGGCAAACCGUUACAAGCUCAGAAAUUUGGACGAGAUUUUGCAAAGUUUGAUCACCAAAAACCCCUUGCCCGCCCUUACGUGCCCCGACGCUGUUCAAUACUUUAUUGGCAUCAACGCAGGGUCCAGUAUGCCAACCCAUCACUUGUUAUUCUGGGAUGCUUUGUCACCGAUUGAUGCGAUCACUUUAUUCUUGCCUCCAUUCGGUAAGAACCCAUACAUUUUGCAAUACACCAUGAGAUCACUUGAGCAUCACGAUGUGAAUUUGACCUUUUUCUACGUUCCUCAAAUCGUUCAAUCUCUCCGCUACGAUGCGAAGGGAUAUGUCAAGAGGUUCAUCGUUGAAACCGCUAGAGUUUCUCAAUUGUUUGCUCAUCAGAUUAUCUGGAAUAUGUUGGCCAAUAGCUACAAAGACGAAGAUGCCACCGAGCCAGAUUCUUUGAAGCCUGUUUUGGAUGAAUGUCAGCAAUUGAUGUUGGAUAGUUUGGAUGAGGAAGAUUUGGCAUUCUAUAAGAAGGAGUUUGGUUUCUUCAACGAAGUUACCUCCAUCUCUGGCAAAUUGAAACCGUACAUCAAAAAGUCUAAGGCGGAAAAGAAAGUGAAGAUUGACGAAGAGAUGGCAAAGAUCGUUGUUCAGCCAGACGUGUACUUGCCAAGUAACCCUGAUGGAGUUUUGGUGGACAUUAACAGAAAGUCAGGUAAGCCAUUACAGUCCCACGCCAAGGCGCCUUUCAUGGCAACAUUCAAGAUUAAAAAGGAAAUUGACGAUGUUGAUGAGUACGGGAACACUGUCAAGGUGCCUAUAGAGAAGUGGCAGAGUGCCAUCUUCAAAGUUGGUGAUGACUGUAGACAAGAUGUGUUGGCAUUGCAAUUGAUCUCUGUCUUCAGAUCUAUCUGGUUGUCCUGUGGUUUAGACCUUUAUGUCUUCCCAUACCGUGUGACUGCCACUGCCCCAGGUUGUGGUGUUAUUGAUGUUUUGCCAAACUCGACAAGUAGAGAUAUGCUUGGAAGAGAGGCCGUUAACGGAUUGUACCAAUACUACAUCACAAAGUUUGGCCCCGAAAACUCCAUUGAGUUCCAAAGAGCAAGAAACAACUUGAUUAGAUCGCUAGCAGCCUACUCGAUCAUCUCUUACUUGCUUCAAUUCAAGGACAGACACAAUGGUAACAUCAUGUACGACGACCAAGGCCAUGUGUUGCAUAUCGACUUUGGUUUCUGUUUCGAUAUUGUGCCCGGAGGAGUCAAGUUCGAAGCAGCUCCAUUCAAGUUGACCAAGGAGAUGGUGAUGGUUCUCGGAGGCAACGAUCAGACACAAGCUUAUAAGUGGUUUGAGGAGCUUUGUAUCAAGGGAUACCUCGCUUGUAGGCCAUACAUGGAAACGAUUGUGAGGUGCGUGAACCCAAUGUUGGAGAGUGGGUUGCCUUGUUUCAAGGAAACCACAAUCAAGAAGUUGAGAAAAAGAUUUUCACCUGGCAAGACCGAGAAGGAAGCGGCACUAUUCUUCAAGGGCUUGAUCAAGAAGUCGUACGAGAGUUUUUACACCACCGGUUAUGACGAGUUCCAACGUCUUACCAACGGUAUUCCAUACUAA